AUGUUAUCCAUCGAUGAAGAUCCGAUUUAUUUUCUAUGUAAGAAUAUUUUAAGAUUCUCUCGAAUACCAUUCUUCUACCUAUUCCUAAAAACACCAGACGAACAAAAAAAUGCAAUAAUUUAUCGAAUUUAUAAAUGGAUUUUUGUUUAUACUUUGAUCAAAACAUUGUAUUAUUGGGUUUUCAUCGGACUUGUAUGUUUUGCAAAAGUUUUUCAAAGUGCAGUUUAUACUGUUUUGGUCCUGGGGUUUUUCAACAAAGUUUAUUCAUUCGAUAUAUCCGACACUGGAUUUUUGUUAAUAAUAUCGAUCCAAAGGUUCAUUAUCAUUGCGGAUAUUCAAAAAUUGGUUAAAUUUGUUGAAGGAAAAUGGUUGAUUUUUUUCCUCUCGUUUAGUUAUGCUGUAAUCUAUGCUGAAGCUCGUUUCGAAUCAAGUUUCCGUUGUCAUAUUGAUGCUUGUUACUUGUAUGCUUACGUCUAUGAUGAAUUUAAGUUCUUUAAUAGUAUAAACUUCAAGCGUAGAACGACACCAGUAAACUGUGGUUUUUUCAUAUUUUCUUAUCCUCUAUUUGAACAAAUAAUGGUAUCAAUCUCGAUUAUACUGUUCAUCCUAACAUUCCUCAAAAUUCGUAAAAAUCGACACAUUUUAUCAGAGACUCGGAGAAAAGCCGAAUUAUCGAUUAUUUAUCAGAAUAUUCCUAUUAUUUUUUCCUUUAUUUUCACAUAUUUUUCAGCUAUUGUAGUGUAUUUUAUACGAGAAGAAAAUGAUAGUCGAGAAGAAAUAUUCAAAAGAUAUGUUUGUAAUGAUUUCAAAAGUGUUGAGAUGAUUUUCCCUUUGACUUAUACGAUUGCUUAUUAUCAUAGAUUUAAACCCUUAUUUUCAAAAUUAUGUUGCGGAUUCAAAUGUUGUAUUUGUUGCAAGAGAAGUAAUCGAAUCAGUGAUAGAUCUAUGCAAUUUAUGAGUACUACACGGCAUGCAAUGGAAGCCCCUCCAGCUAAUUAA